CUUCAAUGUACACACAGUACAUUUGUAUGUCAAAUGUAGGGUAACCUAUGAAGACCUGCUUCUACCACUGUUGUGUUAAAGUAUCUUAUAAUUUCGACUUUCUAUCUCAAAAUUUCUCUUUAUUUUUAUUUUUUUUUGCACUGCAAUGGUGCUGAGAAAAAGGUCACAGCGAGAGACCUGAAAGUGAUAUUUGUGAAUCUAAUAAUCACUCCUAAAACAUUUCUGGAGCUGCAUGUAGCUUUUGUGAAGUCAAAACUUGUGCGUGAACGAUGCUGCUUCCUCCAGUCUGUACCCAGACGCAUGCACGCUGCUCUAGGUUGCGAGUGGUGGCCGUCGUUGUUCACGGUAAACACUUGUUGAUUUUACCUUCAUCGUUGUCGGGUGUUAUUCCCGAUCCUCUAGGCUGGUCCGGUGUGAACGAGCGCACCUUUAUUGCCGUUAAACCAGAUGGCGUGCAGCGUAAACUGGUGGGAGAAAUCCUGCGUCGCUUUGAGAAGAGAGGCUUCAAACUGGUCGGCCUCAAACUGGUGCAGGCGUCUGAGGAUGUUCUGAGGGAACACUACUGGGACCUGAGGAGUAAGCCCUUCUUCCAGGGACUGAUGAGCUACAUGAGCUCUGGACCAAUCGUAGUAAUGGUGUGGGAGGGUUUGGACGUAGUCAAGACUGCACGUAAGAUGUUGGGAGAGACCAAACCUGCUGACUCGCUGCCUGGAACCAUCCGAGGGGAUUUCUGUGUGGAAGUGGGCAGGAACGUGAUCCACGGCAGCGACUCGGUGCCGAGCGCCCAGAAGGAAAUCUCUCUGUGGUUUAGACAGGACGAGCUUCACUGCUGGGAGGACAGCAGCAGCCACUGGAUCUACGACUGACGGUCCACACCAGCUGUGUGUCCUCCAUCCUGAUGUCAUUACAAGACGGAUCACACCUCAGAUACAGUCGUCUUUGGCUUUAAUAUCUUGUAGAGAUGCAAUUGUUCCCUAGAUUUUCUUUUUCAUAAAAUGUAUUUUUUAUCUCUCUGAACUGAGGUGAGCAAUAACUUUAUCAGUAACAUGACGGUGUGCUUCUGUUACAGUUUUCAUUGUAGUCUUUUAGUCCAGAAGCUUGUUUACAGUUUUCAAGCAAUAAGCUUGUAGUUCAUGAUCAUCGAGGGAUCACACAUCAGGGAACGGCCGCAUUUAAAUAAACCCUGAAGGUUCAUUUCUACAGGAAGCUUUAAUACCCAUGAAUAUUCAGGUGAUGUGCAAAGUAUUUUAAGUUACAUAACCAUUGUUUACCACCUCAAUGUGUUUUGCACACAUGUUUUUUCUUGUUAUGGUGAAAGAUCCGUCAAAAUAUACACGUUUCUCCUGUAAUCGUACUUCCAAUGAGAGCAAUCAACUAACACCAUUAUUGCCUUUCUACACACACGGUCCAGUUUCCUGCACUUUUAAAUAUUAAUUCUGUCAGGGUGUGAACCGGAUCACUUCACAGGAAUACUUGAACGUAAAGGGUAGACGUUUUAAAAUAAGAUGCUCAACAGGUUUUCGUGGCGAUUCCAAAGGCUCGUUUAUUUUGUUCUAUAAAAUUGUAAUUUGUGCUUUUCUAAAAUCCCAUGAUGCUGUAUGAAUUGUCAAACAAUAAAUCUGGUCAG